AUGGCUUCCAGAGUUCUCCGCAAGAUCAAGACCACACUGCAAAUCAGCAGCAAUGACGACUACACCAUCGCCCCAGCCGGUCUCCGCUGGAGAAGCAACACCCUCUUCAUACUAUCCACCGUAGCUGUCGGCCUCUUCACCGACCUCUUCCUCUACGGCCUCGUCAUCCCCAUCCUCCCCUACAUGCUGCAAGACCGCCUCGGCAUCCCAGCAGACCAGAUUCAGUCCCACGUCGAUGGCCUCCUCGUCGCCUAUGCCGGCGCCUCGGUGCUCUUCAGCCCCGCCGCAGGCUACAUCGCCGACCAGACGUCCACGCGCCAGGCUCCGUUCCUGGCUGGGCUGCUCACGCUAGUCUUGGCAACCCUGUUGCUGUUUGUGGGUACUAAUGUUCCUACACUUGUUGUAGCUAGGAUCUUGCAGGGCAUCAGCGCGGGGUUCGUGUGGACGAUCGGGCUGGCGAUGUGUCUGGAGACUGUUGGGCCUGAGAAUUUGGGCAAGACUAUCGGUUCGAUCUUCAGCUUCAUCUCGGUCGGAAGCUUCAUGGCGCCACUUCUCGGCGGGGUUCUGUAUGCCAAGGCGGGCAUCAACGGCGUCCUCGGCCUGGGCAUUGCCAUAUUGAUAGUCGACUUGAUCAUGCGAGCCAUUGUCAUCGAGAAGAAGGUGGCGAGGCGGUACUACGACUCCGCCGCCUUGCACGGGACACAGGAGGAUGAGGACGAGAACCGGGGCGAGGCCGAGCAUCAGCGUCAAGCAGACGACCAGCCAGCAGACGAGGCCGACGAGGAGCAGCCGCUGCUUCCACACCUCGCCCAUGAAAGGAAGAAGGAACAAGAGGACUUCAAGCUCGCCAGAGACCAGCCCCGCCUCGCCCGCAAGCUCACCAUCCUCCCCUGUCUGCGCUCCCCCCGCCUCCUUACCGCCCUCCUCGUCGCUCUCAUCCAGGCCGCCCUCCUCGGCAGCUUCGACGCCACCGUGCCCGCCACCGCCCAGGAGCUCUUCGGCCUCGACUCCCUCCGCGCUGGCCUGCUCUUCCUGCCUCUCGGCGCGUGUGAUCUCGUCGUUGGACCCCUGGCGGGGUGGUUCGUCGAUCGAUACGGUACCAAGCCCGGCGCUGUGCUUGGAUAUACUUUUCUGGUUCCCGUGCUUGUACUGCUGCGCCUCCCUCACAGUGUCGAAGAGGGUGGUGGUGGCAGCCAGCAGCAGCAGCAGCAGCAAGUCCUGCUAUACGGCGGCCUGCUCGCGCUCUGCGGGGUGGGACUGGCGGUCAUCGGCGCGCCCUCCAUCGUGGAGAGCGGGUCCGUGGUCCAGAAGUAUUACGAUGCCAACCCAGAGUUCUUUGGGGACCAGGCUCCCUAUGCGCAGCUGUAUGGGCUCAACUCGAUGGUGUUUAGCCUGGGGCUGACAGUUGGUCCGGCGCUGGCGGGGGAGCUGAAGCAGAAGAUGGGGUAUGGGAAUAUGAAUGUCGUGCUCGCGGGCAUAAGUUUGGGCACGGCUCUAUUGUGUCUUGUCUGGCUGGGCGGGAAGCCUGGGUUUCUACUCAGGAGAAGAGGGCGAGCAUGA